AUGUUUGCUCAUGUGGUCGAUGUUAUGUUAGGGAGAUAUGCCGACCUAUUCGACAAAGCUUGGGAGAACACAAAAAUGCUUGUAAAGGAAGCUGGGUCCAACGCUGCCCCUCUCUCAUGGCGAACUUUGGCUCUUAUUCCCGGCUCUUCACGUCAAUUCCGAUUUGUUCUUAACCAGCCUGAGUCUUUACCCCUAUCGGGUCAAUUGGAGCAAGACAUUAUCCUCGACCCAAUCAUAGCCGCGAAUCAGCCUAUCGACAAGGCACCGGAGUUCCGGAUGAAUGGCAAAUCUGUCAUAAUCAACGCCACCAACAUUGCUACUUCUUCUUCAAACUUUCCUAUUUCUCCUGAAUACCUGGAGCAUUCAGAGCAGCAUUGUUCAUCCUCAGUUGAUUCUGCCUCAUAUUCAACACCUUUCUUCCUUGAGCAGAAAGCUUUGCAGCCUACUUCGUGGACGAUGGGUUCCACAAAUCAUUCAGCUAAAUCAGUGAAGACCAAAGCAAUGGCUGCCCGCUGGGUUCAACUGCCCCGAAUAGCCGGAGAAACACACUUUGGCCUACAAUUCCGUCUUUUCUUGAUAGACCAUCAAGGUAUUGGUCCUAGUGGCCCUGAAUCACGCUGGGUCAAUAUUCCACGUAAGUUGUUAGCAAACGAUGUCAUUGAUUACGUCAUGUCAGCUUCCACUUUCUCGGGAAGUUUAAUAAAUUUUACUGUAACUUUAAAAUAA